UCAAAUUUAGAUUUUAAUUUUCAUUGUCGGCAAUAUAUUUAGUUCAAAUAACACAUCAAAUUGAUUGCGGAGGGCAGUAAGAUUGAGUUGGCGCAGCUGCGCGAGGACUCUGGCGAGUUGGAGUGCCUCUGGUUGUUGCGCAGAAGCAGCGACUAUCUGCUGGAGGGCAACGCCAGCUUCAGCGACAGCUGCGAGCGUGAAUAUCUCAGCCUGCGCAGCGUUAACUCCGAGCAUGAGCUAUGGCGCCUCUGCCGCGACAAUUUGCCACUCAAUCUGACGCGGCUGCAGAGCUCACAGUACCGGCUGCUCUAUCAUGCGACGGACUACAAGGCAAGCGGCAGUCAGUUCCAGCUGCAGUUCACUCGCGCGCAAGCUCUCGCCGGACUGGGCAGCAUUGUUGUGGUGCGGGAUGCGCCAACGCCGCCGGUGCUGGUGGAUGCGCGUAGCUAUAGAGAUAACAUGGAGCUGUCGUGGGAGUUCCGCAGCAAUGCACAGACUACCAUGCGCCUGAAGUUCCUCGACAGAUUCUUCAUUGAGAUGUCGCCAAACUGCAGCAACGAUCAGCUGGAGGUGCUGCAGCUACAAAGUGUUGGCGUCUGGCAGCCACUGGCCACCUACUGUGGACGCGAACUGCCUGCGCCAUUGCUGGUGCAAGCCCUAAAAAUGCGCGUCGUUUUUCGCACCAAUGCUAAUGUAACCGCUGACGGAUUCAAGUUUGUAGUGGAGCCCAUCUGUGAUAUUCGACUAGAGGCUAAGGCCGAACUGCAACAUGAGUUCAGAAUCCAUAGAUUCCACAGAGAUACUAACAACUGCAGCCUGGAGUUUUACACUCCCUCACAGCAACAGCUGCUGUUAGUGAGCUAUUUACAUUCCUUGUUUUUCUUUUUUACACAACUGUAAACCGCCCAAUUUGGCAAAGUAAUAUUACAUUGAAUACAUUUUGGACAGUGAGGACAGUCGGGACAAUCGGGACAAUCAGGACAAUCGGGACAUUGUGGGCAACUGCACAGUUAUCAAUUUGUCAACAAUUAAAUAACAGCAUAAGCAAAUAGUAUAA